UAGAGAGUGGGAAAAGAAUAAAGAAAGUGAUAGGAGCAGAAACAGAAUGGAGGAAAGUGGUAAAGGAACAUGGAAGCACGCUGCUUUCCAUGUUGCCACCACUAUUGCCACCCCUGCUGCUUAUGCCCCUUUGCCCUUCGCUCUUGCUUCUCUCGGUUGGCCUCUUGGUGUGACUAGUCUGGUGAGUGCAACACUAGUCACCUGGUACUCUAGCUUUUUGAUCGCUUCGCUGUGGAAAUGGAACGGGGAGAAGCACCUUACCUAUAGACAUCUUGCACAUAGUAUUUUCGGAUUCUGGGGGUACUGGUCUAUUGCCUUUUUUCAGCAGGUAGCUUCUUUGGGAAAUAACAUUGCCAUCCAAAUUGCAGCUGGCAGCAGCCUUAAGGCAGUUUACAAGCACUAUCAUGAGAAUGGAACAUUGACCCUGCAACACUUUAUUAUUUUCUUUGGAAUCUUUGAACUACUUCUCUCUCAGCUUCCGGAUAUUCACUCACUGAGAUGGGUAAAUGCCUUGUGUACUUUCAGCACAAUUGGUUUUGCUGGUACAACCAUUGGUGUUACCAUUUACAAUGGGAAGAAGAUUGAUAGGUCAUCAGUAACUUAUAGCUUGCAGGGUAGUUCUGCUUCUAAGUCCUUCAAAGCAUUUAAUGCCCUUGGGACCAUUGCCUUUUCAUUUGGUGAUGCAAUGCUUCCAGAAAUACAGAAUACGUUGAGAGAACCUGCAAAGAGGAAUAUGUACAAAAGCAUAUCAGCAGCAUAUACUGUCAUUGUUUUGACCUACUGGCAAUUGGCCUUCUCUGGAUACUGGGCUUUCGGAUCAGAAGUCCAACCUUAUAUUUUAGCUUCAUUGUCUAUCCCAGAAUGGACUGUUGUUAUGGCUAAUUUAUUUGCAGCGAUUCAAAUAUCAGGAUGCUUUCAGAUAUACUGCAGGCCAACAUAUGCCUAUUUUCAGGAAACUGGGUCCCAGUCCAACAAAUCUACUAGCCAAUUUUCCCUUAGAAAUCGCCUGGCACGACUUAUUUUUACUUCCAUAUACAUGGUUCUUGUUACUCUUAUUGCUGCAGCUAUGCCCUUUUUUGGAGAUUUUGUGUCCAUCUGUGGGGCAAUCGGGUUCACUCCUUUGGACUUUGUGUUCCCCGCUUUAGCAUACCUUAAGGCUGGAAGAACGACCAAUAACUCCAAACAUGGCCUUUUGAUGCGACCAUUAAAUAUUUUAAUAGCUACCUGGUUUUCAAUUGUUGCUGUCUUGGGUUGCAUUGGUGCAGUCAGAUUCAUAGUGGUAGAUAUCAAGAACUACAAGUUCUUCCAUGAUAUGUGAGAAUUUUGGACUACCCCAGAAAUUCUUUUCAGCCUUUUCUCAUUGGGUAAGUUGUACUUUAUCCCACAUUUUUUUUUGUCUAAAUCAAAUAAAUACAGAAACUAUAAAAUUAUACAUUAUAUACCCUCAGUUUUGAAAUACAUAUACACUUCAUGGUCUUGAUCCCACUUGAAAGAUUCAGAAACAUCACGGUUGCUGGUAAUUUCAUUUAAGUGGUGAUGAAUAGGUCAUGUAUAUGCUACACAUGUAAUAAUUUUCUUUAACGAAAGUACAACAUGAUAUAUUGUCUAUUUUGGUGC